GCUUGCCAAUGAAGAAGAUAGGCGAUACACUCAUCCCAAAGGACGAGGAUGAAUAGGAUGAAGCCGAUCUUAAGAAGGCUCAAUUGAAUGCCACCGCCAUCAACUUCUUGUAUUGUGCUGUCAACGCCAACGAUUAUCAAAAUAUAUCUCGUUGCCAAAUCGCCAACCAAAUGUGGAACAAGCUCAUGAUCACAUACGAAGGUACACCUCAAGUUCGUGAAUCAAAAAUUGAUUUACUAACCCAUGAAUAUGAGUUAUUUGCUAUGAAAGAGAACGAACUUGUGGAGGACAUGUUUGGAAGAUUUUCAAACAUCGUCAACGACCUUGAUAUGCUUGGAAAGACGCUCGCCGACAAAGAGUUAGUGAGAAAAAUUCUGCGAAGUCUUACCAAGGAAUGGGAGUCAAAGGUUAACUCCAUUUACGAAGGCCGAGAUUACAACGUCAUCACAUACGACGGUCUUCGAGGUAACCUUAUCACUUACGAAACAAAUCAUCUUUCUCAUACUCUUGACGUUAAGAAGAGAACGGGAAUUGCUUUUAAAGCAUCUUCUUCUCAAAAAGUAGAGAUUGGUGAUUCGGAUUCAGAUAGUGAUAGUGAUAGUGAUUCUAGCACUUCUUGUGAUAUUUUGGUUGAAUGUUUUAACGAGUUUAUGAAACAUAAGCUUAAAAAGAGCAAGAAGAAGAACACCCCAAAAUGUCACAAGUGCAGAAAGCUUGGCCACCGAAAAUUUGAGUGCCAGACGCUCAAGAAGAUGAGCAUACAAGAUGAAUUCGCGUAUUUUUCGUGGAAGUAUGAUCAACCUUCCAAAGACGAUUGCAUCAUCGCUCUUGAAGAACAAGAUGGGUGGUCGGAGGGCACAUCUACGAGCAGUUGUGUUGAGGCUUGUGGGAUUCAAGUUCUCGCUGAUGCUCUCAGUAAGAAGGAGAUGGCAUCAGAGCAACAUAUUCAGUCGAACCUGGAGACUGAGAGUGUGAGGAGUGUUCUAGUGCUGUCAUUUUGGUAUGAAGUCGCCGGAGCUGAGAGUAAUCGUUGCCGGAAGUUUUGCCGGAAAAUUUCCAAAACCACCGUUAAGCUUCGAGUCAGACUUCCUUUGGAGUUCUUAGCUCUAGAAGCACCACUUGCAUCGCAUUUCUGGACUUUAGAAAAUUCCUUCUUAUCGACAUUGCCCUUCCUCUUCUUUGGAUUAGCAGUCAUGAGUUCAGUGGGACCUGAUGGAUUCACUUUUGAUCAGAUUCAUGAUCUCGUUCUUGACGAGGACGUCAUAAGAAAGAGUUCUAAAGAGUCAUCUAGUGAAUUGUUACAUAUUCUUGGUUCAUGGUGCUUCAUUCAUGCUACCCACAGUGGUGAAGCAUUGCAGAAUUUGGUUAUUGGGGACUUUGGAAAGGUACGACUAGCGGACGAUAGAGCUCUUGAUGUGGCGCGCAUGGGUGACAUGAGACACGAUGUGAAGUUUGGAGACGAGCGGUUGAAGGUCAUGAAGGGAAAUCUUUUCAUGGCUCGUGCAAGAAAGAGAGGUUCGCAAUAUAUGGUCAAGUUACCAUCUGAGGGAGUGAUGGUCCCAGUUCAGAGAAAUAAAGUCCAAUUCACAGAGUCUCGUGGGAAGAAGAAGGUUGUCCGUGCAAGAAAGAAACCUAGAGCCACAGGUCAGACUCAAGAUGAACAAGCGAGGAAAGAUUCAAGGAGACCAGUCAAAGGAUGUUCCAGGAUCCGGAAGUGUGCAUUUGCAGUGAGAGCCGGCAGGGACCGAGGUCGAGUCAGGGGCAGAUUUAGCCGUGACUAAUGUGUUAGAGAUUGGGAGAGCUUCAACGGGUCUUUCGGUUGUUUGAUGAGAGGGCCGCGGUAGCAGGAGAGUUGAGGAAGAUUACUAGAUGUACAACCGAUCGUGGUGGAUUGCAGUUGAUGAUUAUCAAGCCUCUAAGUGGGAGAAUGUUGGGUUUGUGGAGGCUAGAUAUUUUUGGGCUUGACUUGGGCUGGCCCGUCUUAUUAAUAACUCAUCUUUGUUUCU